CGUGAACGCAACGCGACGCGUCGAGCUAGCAUUCCGUCCAAUAUUCAUCCUUUCUGCCUGUUCCGGGGCAGCCACGACCUGACGUCCUCCACUCGCGUCUUUCCGCUGCGCACCUCGCUAUAUCAUCGCUUAGGACGCCUGCUUGUGCAGUGUCGAUAUAACCCUCUCGCGUGCAUUCUCCUGGGCAAGUGGCAAUUCUUCAAGGCCAUCAUUUAAUCCACCUUUGGCUAGUCGCAGAGCUCCAUCUUCUCGGAACGAUUGUCUCUAGCCAUGGCUGCUGUCGAGCCUGCAAUACCUCUGGCUAAUGGUACCGCGCAUGUCAAUGGUAAUGGCGUUGCGAAUGAUGGGCUUUCCGAACCUGCUCUACCUUUCGAUGCUUCUGUAUUCCGAUCGUAUCUACUUGCGCUCCUGCCACCCGUAGUGGGGGCAUACCUGGAAGAGCUGGACUCUCUGUUUGACAAGGAUUUCGACGAACGCGUCUCGCGAUUCGGAGAGGAAGGUGGAGGAGUGAUCUAUGUUGUCAAGAAGAAGGACGAGGACGAAGCAGAUGAUGCCCCGCCUACAUAUACAUAUAAGCUGACCUCGCAGCUAACCUAUGACCCUUCCCACGUAACCACCCUUGCCAUCAUCAAGCGCGGUCCCACAUUAGACACGGCGACUCCCCUAGCUACGCAGCUGCACAUCCUAAAUCUCUUCGGAGGAGACGAAACACCGUACGAGAGUUUGCAUGCCGUUGUGAGCUGUGCCGUCAAACCAUGGUUCGAGGCUUUCGUAGGUGCUCGAGGAGGGAACAAAGAAGGUGACUCCAAGAUGGGCAUCCCCAUGACGAAGAAGAAAUUCGCCGAGCUUGAGCUUUCUCUACUCCAUUUGCAGCAAAACGUCGAGAUCCCAGAGACCCACCUAACCAUUCAUCCUAUAAUUCAGAGAACUGUAGAGGAAGCUCGGGCAGCAGGGAGACGGCCCAGUAUUUCAGAUAUCCCUCCCAAGCUAUUGAAUGAUAGCAGCUUUCUGAACACCCUGCACGGCCAUGUGAACCAAUGGAUCAAAUCCAUCCAGACUGUCACCAAGCUCAAUCGCGACGUAUCUUCUGGGACUGCAUCCCAAGAAAUCAACUUCUGGUUAAGUCUCGAGAGAGCACUAGAAGGGAUUGAGGCCCAGCUACGCAGCGAAGAGGUCAACAUGGUGAUGGAUUGCUUGAGGAACGCAAAACGCUUCCACGCCACCGUUAGUUUCAUCGCCGACACAGGAUUGAAGGAUGCUACCGAUACAGUGCACAAGUACAACCAGCUCAUGAAAGACUUCCCGCUGAAUGAGCUGCUUUCCGCCACCGAUCUUGAGAAGAUACAGGAAGCUCUCGUUCUGAUUUUCCAGCACAUCAACCGCAAGCUGAAGCUCUCGCCGUAUCCCAUCCGACGUGCACUCCCGCUCGUAGAAGCCAUCUCUCGCGACUUCAACGACCAGCUCCUGCGCGUUCUCACUUCACAUCGCUUGCUGUAUACGCCGUACGAUACAUUCGAGCGUCUAAUGUCUCAAACCGAAGGCAUAUUCCGUACCUGGACUGACAACAUGAAGGAAUUUACCAACGUCGCCCGUGAGGUCACCCGCAAGCGGUCGGAGAAGUUCAUCCCCAUCAAGAUCGCCGCAGCCCAUGCUAAGCUGCAGGAGCGCAUCAACUACCUACGGAACUGGCGAAAACAGCAUGAACAGCUUGCCGCGAUGACUGCACCCACCAAAGGCCUCAGCGGAGUCGGCGUUGAGAUUGGAGGCAUCGAUAUGGAGGCGGAGGUGAAGGAGGCGUAUGAGGUCAUCAAACGCAUCGACGUGCUGGACGUCUCGACCGAGGGAAACGAGAUCUGGGUGGCUGCGGAGAACGCCUACAAUGAGCGCGUGGCUCGAGUAGAAAACCAGAUCAUCGCGCGCCUGCGAGACCGACUUGGUACUGCACGGAAUGCAAACGAGAUGUUCCGUGUCUUCUCCAAGUUCAAUGCACUGUUUGUCCGGCCAAAGAUUCGUGGAGCUAUUCAAGAGUAUCAAACACAGCUUAUCGACUCAGUGAAGGAAGAUAUUAAGAAGCUACACGAUAAAUUCAAGACGCAAUACAGGUCCUCCGAGGCCUAUCACAUGUCCCAAAUGCGUGACCUGCCGCCGAUUUCUGGCGCCAUCAUCUGGGCGCGUCAAAUUGACCGACAGUUACAGGCGUACAUGAAACGCGUUGAGGACGUUCUUGGUAAGGGAUGGGAACUGUACGCCGAAGGACAAAAGCUUCAGUCAGAAAGUACUGCCUUCCGCAAGAAGCUAGAUACUCGACCAGUGUACGAGGCAUGGCUACACGACAUCAACCGCCGAGAUAUGGGCGUAAACGGGCGGCUAUUCGAGAUUGUCCGGUUACGCGGAGGGAGCUUCCAGCUGGCCGUCAACUUCGACCCACAGAUCAUCACCCUGUUCAAGGAGGUCAGGAAUCUGCUAUGGCAAAAUUUUCAGGUCCCACAUGCCAUUACGAAUAUGGCGAAGGACGCUAAGCGAGUCUAUCCCCAUGCCGUCAGCCUCAUGGAGACUGUACGUACCUAUGGACAGACCCUCGACCUCAUUGAGAACAACAAGGGGAUAGAGUGGCUGGUUGCAGAAUAUCGGAAUGAGGCGCAACGCAUGGUCACUCGCGGCAUGAACAUCAGAUGGGAUCACUUCGUAAAUCAGUAUGAUACAGCUCGAUACGUCUCGGGCGGUGAUCCCCGCGACAAUCGCCACAUCCAGUUCGUUCAGGAGUUCGCUAGUGUGGUGUCGAUCUUGCAGGACAAGACGAACAACGUAAUCGACCUAUACAAAGACAUUGCUCGUUCCGUAGAAGAGCUUUCUACUUGUCCGUACACUUCCGAAGCCUUCAUAGAAUUGUUGGGCAGAAUCCAGGCAGCAAUUGAUCGGCUGAAUCUAGAGGGAUACGCAAACCUGGAGCACUGGGUAGCAGAACUUGACCAGAGGAUCGAAACCGCCUUGCUUCAGCGCCUGACUCAUAUCAUUCAAGUCUGGUGUUCGGAAUUUGACCGAUCGGAGGACGCUGACGGCCGACGUGAGCCUUUGCGAGAUGUCAUGAUUAAGCGUCGAGGUGACAAGCGAUUGCGGGAUGAGAAGUCUCUCGACGGUGGGAUGACGUUGAAACCCAUUGUACAUGAGAUUCGGAUCCAGAAUCAAGUAAUCUUUCUCGACCCUCCGAUUGAAUAUGCGCGCCAGACUUGGGUCCAGCAGCUACACAAUUGGUUAGGAGUCGUCUGCCAACUGAGGAGGAUCCAGAGCUCGCGAUAUGAGAUCGGUUUGCAGAUGCAAGGUGUAACGGCUACAGAAGCGACCUACACGUCUCUGUUGACACGAUUCACUGAUUCGACUCUGGAGCGGCCAUUUGCACUCAUUGAGCAGAAGGUUCAGCAGCUCAAGGAAUACGUGGCCAAAUGGUUGCAAUUCCAAUCUUUAUGGGAUUUGGAAGCCGAAUAUGUCUUCAGUCGGCUCGGCGACUCGCUGGCGCAUUGGCAACAGCUGCUCACGGAGAUCAAGAAAGCUCGGUCGACUUUCGAUACAUCGGAUACACAGAAGUCAUUCGGGGUCUGUGUAAUCGACUACGAACAAGUGCAAUCACGAGUCAACGCCAAGUAUGACGCAUGGCAGAAAGAUAUCCUCAAUCGUUUCGGUGUCAAACUGGGCAAUGCGAUGAAGGAGAUGCACGCCACCAUUAUGAAGGCCAGAAACGAGCUUGAGCACCAGUCAAUCGAGGGCCUCGUGGGGGCUUCCCGAAGGUUCUAGCCUCACGUUUGUGAGAUCUGAUUUUCACGUCCAGAUGCCCUUUCUCGCAUCUCAACACCGGCAUUUUCGAUACCACGCACCGAUUGUCAUAUACGUUAUCAUGCGGAUCACCUGUAUAAUCAUUCUGUUAUACCUCUAGUAUCAAGCGGGCCUGUAGACUCCUACGUUGCUAUAUAAUGAGCGGUGCGAAUCAUCUUUUCGCAAGGGAAUGAGGAGACAGGAUCGUUGCGUUUGAGUCCGGGAUAGUUCGUCCAUAUGGCAUAGUAGACUGCGUCGUUCAUGUUACCAUCUUUUGAGGACACGAUCACAG